ACCGCAUUUAGUAACCUCCUCGCGGACACUAUUCGAUCUCUUUCCGCACCGGGUCCUCGCGCCAUUCCCCGUAUUCGUGAUUCGGUUCGCCCAUCGAUGAUGCCGAGAUAUCAGAUUACCCUGUCACGAUGGAGACCGAUUCGCCUGAAAUAUCCCAUAAUCCAUGAGGCUCCCACGUUUCCUUAUUAACUUACCAUACUGCCGGAUUUCUGCUUGCUGGGAUUAAUUCUCCUUUUACUUCUUUUUUUCCCGACCUAUCUUUACUUAGUAUAAUACCCUUUGCUAUAACAAUUCUUGCACAUAUCUUGUUUAUAUCCUAUUUUAUUUCCUACCUACCCAUAUUUUAUACAUAUCUACUUACUAGGAUAGUAAUACCUCAGCGCUUACUCAACCGAAAUCCCUAUAAGUACGAUAAGUGCUCUUUUCUCUAAAGCGAACUCAAUACACAUACGCAUACACUUAGACGGCCGCAACGAUUGGACAGAAGAGGAGCGAGGAAGCUUCUGUGAGAAAAACUCGACAAGAUGUCGAAUAGUACAAACAGUACAGGUUCACCGCAACACAUAUCAUACAGACUAUGUACGGAAGUUAGCCCUGUCUGCCCAGUUGAAGCGACGGUACUGGGCUACUACCCCAACCUUGGCGUCAACGCCUUCCUCGCUGCGGCGUUCGGCCUGUGUGUCAUAGGCCUUGUCACCACCGGCAUCUGGAAGAGAACUUGGGGGUAUUCCGCUGCUUUGACAGCUGGGUGCAUUCUAGAAUUCGCAGGCUACAUAUCCCGCGUCCUCCUGCACGCCAACCCGUGGAACUCAAGCGCCUUCCAAACACAGAUCUGCGCCAUCAUCCUCGCGCCGACGCUGAUAUGCAUCUCCAUCUACCUGACGCUAAAGCACGUCACCUUAUCCCUCAACCCGGCCCUCUCGCGCCUGCGCCCGCGCCUCUACCCGCUGAUCUUCGUGCCCGCCGACGUCUCCUGCCUCAUCCUGCAGGCCAUCGGCGGCAGCCUCGCCGCCAGCGCCGGGUACACGCACCCGGAGCUGCUCGAGAGCGGCGACCGCGUUAUCAUCGCGGGCAUCGCGCUGCAGUGCGCCGUGCUGGGUGGCUUUGGGGUCAUGGUGGGGGAUUACUGGCGUAGGGUUAGGGGGUGGGUUAGGAGUGUGGAGGGAGCGGCAGAGGAGGGAAGGUUAGGGGAGCAGGAUAGGCUGGCGCUGGCGACGUGGAGGGAUCGUAAGUUCCGUAUGUUUGUAUAUGCGGUUGCUGGCGCGUACGCGGGGAUCUUGAUUCGGUGUAUAUACAGAAUCGCGGAGAUGGCCGGUGGUUGGGGAAACCCUAUUAUGCAAGACGAGCCGUCGUUUGUUGUCCUCGAGGGCUUCUGCAUCGUCAUCCCCGUCAUCCUCCUGACCGCGUUCUCGCCAGGCUUCCUCUUCCCAGCCAUGGCCGAGCGCGAGGCCCGGCGCUUCGGGAGGAAGAAGGCCGUGUCCGAGAAGGCGAAGCCCGAAGAACCCGUGAUAUCGAGCGACGAGGGGGCGUUGGCGGAGCGGAAAGCGGCGCCGGAGGAGGUUUCGGGCGUGUAGAUAAGGCCUUUGUUUCGAUGGUAGAUACGAUCUAUGUCAUCUUGCGGGUUUGCCGGGUAGCGAGCGAGCUAUUAUUCUUGAACAUAAACAAGCGACCUACGGGGAGAUACGUUUGGAUAUUAUGUUGAGUUUUCGCAUUAUAGAUAGAACCGAGACAUCCCUAACUUACGAAUAUGGAUAUACCCUUUUCUAAACAACCUCCUCAGGCGAUCCACUUUUAAUUUAUUGUGUGUAC